AUGUGUGUCGAGUUUAUUGUCGGUUCUCACCUCGUUCCCAGGGUUUUUCUCCGGGUUUACGUUUUUCGGUUUUCCUCCCUCCGCAAAAAAAAAAAAAGNUUUGGUCGGAAAGGAGAGCCUGAAAAUGUUGCUGAUGUUGUGUUAUUUCUGAGUACAUCUGCUGAGUACGUCACUGGGCAAAUCAUUGCAGUUGAUGGAGGCCGUAUCUUGCAUCACGAUGAAGUGAACUUGAGCGGAAGUAAUUUGAUGGGAGUGCUGUAUUUGGCGAAGAAAUACAUGGUGCCUUCACUGGCUGAUAAAUGUGCGGAAUAUCUGCAGGAUAACUUAGAUCCAUCGAAUGUUUUCGACAUCUUGCCACAAGCACAGAAGUAUGAAGAGGAAAAACUGGUGGAUCAAUGCUGGAAAGUAAUCGAUGAACAGACAGAAGAAGUUCUGAAAUCAGAUGGAUUUGCGACAAUUGAGAGGUCCUUACUUGAAACAAUAGUCGCGCGGGAAACUUUGAAUAUUCAAGAGAUAGAGUUGUUCAAAGCGGUGAAUUUGUGGGCGACAAAGAGAUGUGAAGAACAAGGCUUAUCAACAGAUGGAAGUGAAAAAAGAAGAAUUCUCGGAGAACGGAUUGUGAAAGGAAUACGGUUUCCAGUGAUGACCCAAUAUGAAUUUGUUGCUGUUGUUCUUGACUGCAAGAUACUGACAUCAGACGAAGCUUUUAGCGUAGUUAAAUACUUGCAUUCAGUUCCAGACACCCAAGUGGUAUUUCCAGAGGCUAAACGAACUGGUUUGGAAUUGUUCCAGCGUUGUUGCAGAUUUGGUUCCGUGGUUCACACUGACUCAGGUUAUCCUUAUUCGCCUGGUAAACGAGACUGUCUUUAUUUUGAGGUCGACAAAGACAUCUCCUUACUUGGAGCAACACUCUGCGGAAGCAGAAAUUGUGAAUAUUCUGUUGCCCUUUAUCUAAAACGUUUCGAUGGUUUGUUCUUUCAUAAUGUCUGUACCACAAAAGGAAAAUUUUCUUCAGAGUGUAAAGAAUCAAUGCUAGUUUCUUACUACGGUUUCGAUGUUUUCUUCGACAGUCCAGUUGACAUAGAGAAAGGUGUCACAUACCAUCUGGAAGCUUCCAUUUCUGGCUCUGCCAACUCUUGUUUUGGUCAAAAUGGUCAACAUUCAGUUGUUUGUUCAGGAGUUAAAUUUGAUUUCCAAAACAGUAUUUACAGUGGUAAUGGAACGACAGCUGAACGAGGACAAUUUCCAGGGUGUCUUUUUAUUGUAAAAUAAAUGGUUAAUUAAAUAAUUGAACGAUUCCAUCUCGACUGCUAGGUAGUCAGGAAGAAAAGGCCCUCAAUUUUGAAAAUGUAUCACCUAUGUUCAGUAAAUUUGUUCAUUCAGAGGCUUUCAAUUCAACCUAAAUUCGAAGCAGCUAGGAAACUACUAUGGACUUUGAACAGAUAUACAUUUCGACAUCACAUUGUGAUACAAAGUCUUUGUUGAUACAAGAGAGGACGUUAAGGCCAGUGCUUAUUUAAUAGGGGUUCUUCUAUAAUGUAGAAUUGGUUGUUUCUUUGUUAAUUUUGCAAUUGCAUGUAAUUGUAAUUUAGUAGUUGGAACUAAAAUAUUCUACAAUAUUAAUAUUAGUGAAUUAUAUCGACAUUUGAUUCCUGAAUGCCAAUUCAGAACUUAACUAAUGGCUUGUAUACUUGCGUUGGAUACAUAAUUGCUUCAUUUUUGCCCAUUUUAUUGAACACAUUUUUGAUCAUUUUAUUGAAUAGUUUUCCUGUCGAAUAAAGUGCAGCAAACACUGAAA